GCGAACAGUGCUGUGUCAGCGCCCUGAGCUUGGCGCCAACACGUCUAAUGAUGUGCUCGCUCAAUAGUGGGCAGUUUGGGAUUUCAGGUGGGCGGUGGUGGGUUUUUAAGAAACUGCCCAGUGGGCGUCGAUGGCCGUGGACCAAGGCCGGCAGCGAGAUCCUUUCAUCUCCCCUGCCGGCCCAUGCAGAGCCAGCCUUGCUGUAAGCCCUCUCGGUUUGGUGAGGAGAUCACUUAGUUCCGGCAGAGGGAGGGAAGGACCUGGGAGGCUCUGUGUUCCUUCCUCGAGUAGGCUGGUUGGAGUGUUGCUGCGUGUUGCCAUGGCAACACUCCAACACCGUGCUCUACUUGCAGGAGAGUCAGCCAGCUGCUGGAGGAGUUGUAGGCUAAAGUGAACAUGCCACCACUAGACCACCACGGCCUGUAUUAUGUCCCCUAUCCCUGGUAAAAGAUAAUGGAUGCAGAAGACUUCAGUGAACAUGAGACAAUGCUGAUUGAUGAGAGUCCUUGCGAAGAUGAGGUUGAGUUUGUUGGUGAGUGCCCUUCAAGACCUGUUCUGGAUUACAUUGACCUCAGUUGUGAUGAAGACUCUGAGGGAUCAGAUCAACCUGUGAGAAUUAAGGACCAUAUUGACCGUCAGAAGGAUAAAGUGAAUUCGACACUGGAACGCCUUGCACGCCGUGUAGAAAUAAAACAGCAGCAAAGGGAGGAAGAAAUCAAAGCAUUUCAUGAAAAGGUGUACAUCCAACGUGUCCAUGGUUUGAAAGAGCUAGCAGUUAUCAAGGAUAGUCCUGCUGCAAGAGAUGCAAGACAUUGUGUAAACCAUUGGCUCAAAGCACCAGAUCUCAAGUUAGGAGUCGUACGUUCCAGCCGUAGACCUUUACCAGAGUGUAAGCGAGCAUCCCCUCACACUAGGCAAAUGAUAUGCCCAAUAAUGCACUGCAAAAGAACAUUCGACAAUGGACAACUGUUGAUGGGACAUCUGAAAAGAUUUGACCAUUCUCCAUGUGAUCCAACAAUCACUCUUCAUGGAGCUCCAGUACCUUUAUAUGCCUGUGUUUUGUGCGCCAAGCGAUUUCCGUCUAGGAAAGAAUAUGCAGAGCAUCUCCUUGAAAAGAAACAAUUGCUUGAUGGACAUGAAUGCAAUAUUCCACCCCAGAUCAUCCAGUGCUUUGCUUGUCCUAAAUGUUUUUUGCUUUUUUGCCUGAGAGAGGAAUGUCUGCAGCACAUGUCAUCCGUGAAUCACUUCAUGCAAGAUGAAAAGGUUAUUUCAUGCCCUGUUCCUAUACCAGCCUAUGCAAAGAAAGUUUUGGUUGCUCUCUGCAAAGAGGUUCCAUUCCGGGUAUUUUGCACGUCUUGUGAGUCUGAAUUGCACUCUCAUGUGGCACUGAGUGCACACUUCAGGACUCGAUGCCGUAAUGCAGGUCCCACUUCACGUUCAGAAAAGAGUAUAGCUGAAGUUGCUGCCACAUUUAAAGUGAAAGCAUUAUGUCCUGUGUGUAGACAGGCUUUAAGGAGUGAUAAACACAUUGAAAAACAUGCUGAGAGGACCAAGCACAAAGUGAAGAUAAUAAAAAACAUGGCACAAUCAGUUUUGGCAUUUUGUCUUAUCAACGAAGGAGAAAAAACAGCUUCAGACUUCUGCUUAUCUGCAGCAAAUGCUAGAAUGAAAGCUUGCCUGCUAAAAAGGCACAUCAAUGAUGAUGAUGAUGAAGAGAAACCCGUAGUAAAGGUCGUGGUGGUACCUAAAAACAAAAGCAUUAGCGGUGGUAUCCAAGCUGAAAAAGACAUGAAUGAGCAUUUUCAGGUAACUGUAACUGCAUGGUUCUGUGAAUGCGAUCAAAAAUUUUCAACAGAGCAGGAAGUGGGGGAGCACAUCAUGACAGCAAAUAGAAUUUGCCACAAAUGUACUGUCUGUGGCAAGAUGGCUGAUGAUUUGUCCAUCAUUCGUCUGCACAUGAGUCGCUUCCAUGGAGGUGCGUACUUAAAUCACUUUCGGUUUUGGUGCAGAACUUGCCAUGUUCAGAUGCACAGCCUCGAAGAUGCAAUGAUGCAUGUAGCAGAGUGCCAUGCAGGACAUUCAUAUUACUCUGAGAAAGACAUUGUAGAUGAGGAGCCAUUGCCUUCUACAUCUUCCUGUACAUUUGCAGUAGGGCAAAGUCAAUGCAUAUACCCACCUACAUCCUCUUCCACUACAGCCUCUGAAUCUGCUAAAGGCAGGUGGCAGUGUCAUAUUUGUGAAGAAAUGUUAGAGUCUGAAGAAAUUGUUAAACAACAUUGCAAAUCUCCGUAUAAACAUCAGUUUCACAAAUUCUGCUGCGAUCUUUGCGGAAAGCACUUUCACAAAAUAGAGACCCUCUACAGACAUAGUCAGCAGCAACACGACGGAGAUAUAAAAAUGAAAUAUUUUUGUGGCCUUUGUGAGGAUGUCUAUUUUGAGCAAGAGAUUGAAUUUCACAACCACUAUGACAGUUUUCACAGUCAGGAUUAUGCAUUUGUUCCAGAGGAGAAACCAUCUCCUGUCAAAAGUCAGGAGCAUUCCACAUCAGUCUUCAUUGAAAAUAAAGACCAUAUGACCUGUGGCUGCUUGCAGUCCUAUACAUGUGACACAGACAGAUUAAAAGACUCUGCUCGCUGCUUGAAGAGGAUUUUGAAGACUGGUAAUUUGUGGUACUCCUGCUCUUUCUGUUCCGCAACAGCUAAAUCGCUUGAACAAUUAAAAGUACAUCUUUGCAAGGAUGACAAGGAACAUGCUAAAACGGAAUUUGUUGUCAAGUGCUUUCUCUGUCAUCAAACCUUUGCCAAGGCUGUAACAGCUCAACAGCACUAUCAUGAGGAACACUGUUUCCUUCUGAAACCUAAAAUCAAAACUGAUCCUGGAAUCUUAGAGGACAUCUUCGAAUUUACAGCUAAAGGACCAUCCAUACAAGAAAAGACAGUAAAGACACCUAGCUCUUAUAUGUCAGUUAGUCAAGCUAACACUAGGUCAAGUGGCAAUUUUGGGAAGGUAGAGCCUCCUACAUCUUCUGCUUUGGAAACAAGUGUGACUGCUGGAGCACAAGAGAUGGAUACAGUGGAUAGUGAAUUGCCAGAUCUGGACUACCUUUGUACAAUGACACACAUUGUAUUUCUUGACUUGGACAACUGGGCAAGUUUUUUCACUCAUCUACCAGGUUUCCUGAACCAAGGGACAUUUGUUUGGGGAUUUCAAGGUGGGAAAUCCAACUGGAAACCCCCAGUCAAUUGCAUAAUAUUUAAAAGUCUUUCCAAUACGGGUUCUUUCUUCCUUCACCCUCACUGCAGUAACAGAAAGGAUGCUGCUGACUUUGCUAUUUGCUUACAUGCUGGUCGUAUGGAUGAGCUGCUACCAAAGGAAAUCCCCUUCACCAUUCUCUCAGGCGAUAAAGGUUUCCUGGAGCUGGAGAGCCAGUUUAAGAAGACCCAGAGACCUGCUCAUAUUCUUAACCCUCAUCACAUUGAUGGAGAGCUAAUGUGUGCCUUGUUAAACAGCAUAUCCGACACAUUCUCAGAUCCCAACUUCGAAGAAGCCAUAAGAAGAUGUCUUAAAAGUGUAACCAAAGAAAUCAAUAAUUGCACAGAAAAGUAAUAGUCUCUCAAAUAAUUAUCAGUCAUUUCCUAUUUCAUUAAUGCAGUACUACCUUUGGCGUUCUUGUCUUUGUUAAUCAAAGCUUAGAAAACUUAGUGUAUGGGGAAAAAAUGCAAAUUGUGUGUGUGUGUGUAAGACACAGCAUGAAGUAUUUCACUAUACUUGUUGCAAUGUAUAUUUUGCCCUUUUGUAUUUGUGUUACUUUAAAUUUAUUUUAUGGUGAUGGGAGUUAAUUUUAAUUUCAGUCAAUUUAAUUGUUAGAUUUAUGUUCUGGGCAUAUGUAUUGUUACUUAUGUUUUAUGAUUUUGAACAAAGAUAAUAAAUAUUAUUUUAAAUGCAUUUGUUUUCUUUUGUUGACCCCAAACUAUAUUAUUUCACAUAAUUGCCUUUCCAUUACAAAUGCAUAUAAGGCACUCCUUGUAAAUACACCCUAUAAAGAAGAGUGUAAGGGGAAAGGUCCGUAUCAUAUAUCUGCAGAGUACCUGCGUAUAUACAUGUGUUUAUCCUGUGGUGGUGGUUGUCUGU